GGCGUAUCUCGACGCGUGCAAUCUCCAGGCUCGACAGAAGCAAUCAGCUCCGCUUGCCGGCGAAGAUAUCCGUGGAGGAGGAAUCCGGGGUAUCGUUCGCUCGUCCGCCUAGUUAACGAUAAUUCGAUAGUAGUCAUCGAGCUGCUCGAACGUGCGUGCGAAUGAAAACGAGUUCGGGAUCGGAUCGCCGCGCGGAGACAAGAAUCGGCGACGUCUGCCCACGGAUUCCGGGGUAAUGGUUAUCGCCGCGACCAACCAAGUCGAGGAAGGAAUUUAACGUUGAAACUCGCACGAUGGCUCUGGAAAUCGUAAGGUUCUUGUUCGCGAUAAUGCUAUGCAUCGCGAACAUGAUCAUCUACGGUCAGAAGGUGAACAUAGCGACAACGAUCGUCGGCAUGGUGAAGGCUAAAAAGGAGGGAGACCAUGUUGGGGAUGCAUCGCACGAAUGCAAUUUCGACGUUGAGGACACAUCGCCCAUCGAUAUAGAUGGUCCGUUUGAUUGGUCAACGACCGAACAGGGCUUGGUCGUCAGUAUAUAUUUCGCUGGUUACCUCGUGGGGAUGUUUCCAUCCGGAUAUUUUGCAGAUCGCUUCAACACCAAAAACGUUCUGCUGAUCUGCGUGCUGGCCAACGCGAUCUUAACCCUGCUGGUUCCAGUGGCGGCCCACGAUCUAGUUGCCCUCUACAUUGUCAGGUUCCUCCUAGGCCUCGCGAGUGCUGCGAAUCUUCCAGUGGUGAACGUGCUCGUGGGCAAAUGGCUCGUUUACGAAGAGAAGAGUCUAUGGGUCGCGAUCAUUUAUGCUGGAACGUCACUCGGCACCGUCGUGUCGAUCUUCACUUCUGGAAUGAUAAUGAGCAGCCUGGGUUGGGAGGCAGUCUACUAUAUACAUGGCGUUUUGCCUUUGAUUUGGUGCGUGGUUUUCUUCUUCUUCUUCGCUGACAACCCGGAAACGCAGAAGUACAUAAGCGAAAACGAGAGGAAUCUCAUCGUGAAGUCUUACGGCCACAGAACACCCGAAUCGGGGACCAUGAAGGUCCCGUGGAAACACAUAUUUACUUCAGUGCCAUUUUGGGCUCUGGUUUACACCAAUACCUUUGGAAACUUCUGUUGGUAUUUCUUGCUCACCCAGCUGCCAUUGUACAUGAACAAAAUUCUCAGGUUUGACGUAAAGUCGAAUGCCGCCAUCAGCUGUUCCCCAUAUCUAAUUAACGCAAUAGUGAAUCCAUUGCUCGGCAAAAUGUUGGACUGGGGCAGGAAGAAGAAUUACUGGAGCCAAACCGUAGCUCGAAAGAUUGCAGUGUUCAUAAGCUGCAUUCCGCCGAGCAUCUGUCUCAUAAUAAUCGCGUACGUCGGCUGCGAUCGCGUGGCUUCCACCGUGCUAUUGAUAUUGAGUAUAGUGUUGUGCGGUGCGAUUUUCGUCGGCCAUCUCUGCAAUCAGAAUGAUCUGGCACCGAAUUACGCGGGGAUCUUAAUGGGCAUCACAAAUACGCCUGGAACGAUCUCGGCGUUCAUCUUGCCAGCCUUGGUAGGCGCUCUCAUGGAAGGCGGGCACACUAUGGCACGUUGGACAAUCGUCAUUUGGAUAAACGUUGCUGCCCAACUAUCAGCUUUUGUCGUAUAUGCCAUCUUUGGUUCAGGAGAGAUACAAAACUGGAACAAUCUGUCGGAAGAAACUUGGACCUAAGAUGACGAAAGGCAAAUAUAGUCUUUCAUUUCAUUGUUACUAUUUACUUCGUGAGUUUGGUAAUUACAUCAACGAUAGUGAGGCUGAAUACUGCCACAUACAAAGACAGAGAUCUUUGUGAUUUAUAAACAAUGCUAGAAACAAGCCCGACGAUGAUUAUUGUAACCGUAUUUACGUUCACAAAAGUUGGUAAAAACAUUUUAUGCAUAUUGUAUUCACCAAUUGGUACAAAUUUUAUACAGACGGUAGUAAUAAAUUUGUAUUUUUAUGAAA